GAUUACUCAUCCAUGGGAUACACUGACACCGACAUGUUCAGUGAGUUAAGUUUCGAUUUUGAUUCAGCAGAGCAGCGCAAAUGCAGGAAAUGUGGAAGCAUUUGCAGGACUAGCUCCAGAUCAGAAAAUGAGUGAUUGUGUGGAGGAAACCGAGGAUGUAGCAGUCUCUCCACUACCAAGCUGUCUGUCUAUGAAGAGUGAUGAUUCUAAAGAGCCCCCUCCAUACUUCAGUAAUGAACCUGGACCCUCAGACUCAAAAGGUCAGUACAGCAGACAGAGAGCAGAGUCUCCAGCACCCAGCUGUGUGUCUCUGAAGAGUGACAUUUCCAAAGAGGCCCCUCCAUACUUCAGCAAUGAACCUGGACCCUCAGACUCAAAAGGUCAGUACGGCAGACAGAGAGCAGAGUCUCCAACACCCAGCUGUCUGUCUAUGAAGAGUGACAUUUCCAAAGAGGCCCCUCCAUACUUCAGCAAUGAACCUGGACCCUCAGACUCAAAAGGUCAGUACAGCAGACAGAGAGCAGAGUCUACAGCACCCAGCUGUCUGUCUAUGAAGAGUGACAUUUCCAAAGAGGCCCCUCCAUACUUCAGCAAUGAACCUGGACCCUCAGACUCAAAAGGUCAGUACAGCAGACAGAGAGCAGAGUCUACAGCACCCAGCUGUCUGUCUAUGAAGAGUGACAUUUCCAAAGAGGCCCCUCCAUACUUCAGCAAUGAACCUGGACCCUCAGACUCAAAAGGUCAGUACGGCAGACAGAGAGCAGAGUCUACAGCACCCAGCUGUCUGUCUAUGAAGAGUGACAUUUCCAAAGAGGCCCCUCCAUACUUCAGCAAUGAACCCAGACCCCCGGAUAUGAUUCCCGAUUCCUACCGCAGCAAAAAACAAAAACAUCAGGAUAAAGAGAGGAAGAGGACUUGUGUAUCUGUGGAGGAGAUGAUUCCAUGCUGUGCUCGACCUGGACUGCAGACAGCAGCAGAUGGUGGUCUACAGAAGGUUUUAUAUGAAUAUAAGAUCAGCCAGAGGAAGAGGUUUGAGUCUGUGACGGAAGGAACUGAUAAAACAGGAAGUGUAACGCCACUCAACAGGAUCUACACUGAGCUCUACAUCACAGAGGGGCAGAGCGAGGAGGUUAAUGCCCAACAUGAGGUGUGGCAGCUUGAGACAGGGGGCUCUAUCGUGUCGUGA